CCCUCGCCGUGCGUCAGGGAUGUGACGUGCUGACGUCAAAGCGGAAAUCUGCAGCGAUUCUUUCUAGAAUUUUACAGGAGCUGUGGCGUUAGCCGGAGGAAACCUUUAGCUGAGAGCAGUCCACAAAAAAAUAAGCCAAGCAAACAUUAGAAUCGGCCGAAAUAAUCUUUGGGGCCAGGCGUUAUUCAAUCAGUCUGGCAAUAUUAAUGUGGUCCAGUUUUUAACGGCCACAGUUCUGAAAUAACUUUUACCUACUGCUAUCAACGUUAGCACUCGCUAGCAUAAUGUCUAGAAUAGACUACAGCGUGUGGGACCACAUCGAAGUCUCUGAUGAUGAAGACGAUACACAUCCCAACAUCGACACACCCAGUCUAUUCAGAUGGCGACACCAGGCACGCGUUGAUCGCAUGGAUGAAUAUCAGAAAAAAGGAGAAGACAUGGAGAAGGCGCUUAAUGAAAGCAGACGUAAACUGUCAGACGCGCAGAAGAAAACAAGGGAGCUCGCUAGCUCGGCCACCGAUGAUGCAAAGGCGGAGCUGACCAAGGCACAGGCAGAGGAAAAGAAGCUUAAAAAAGAGGAACGGGAACUGGAGAAGAAAUUUGACGAUCAUCAACGGGAGGAGAAGAAGAUGCCAUGGAAUGUGGAUACACUCAGUAAAGAGGGUUUCAGCAAGAGUGUUGUCAACGCCAAACCUGAUCCAAGUGAGGAGACAGAGGAAGAGAAAGAACACAAACAUAAAACCUUUGUCGAGAAGUACGAGAAGGAGAUCAAACAUUUUGGAAUGAUGCACCGGUGGGACGACAGCCAGAAAUACCUCUCAGACCGUUCUCAUCUAGUAUGUGAGGAGACCGCCAACUACCUGGUUAUCAUGUGCAUUGACCUUGAGGUGGAGGAGAAACAUGCGCUGAUGGAGCAGGUGGCUCAUCAGACCAUUGUAAUGCAAUUCAUUCUGGAGCUGGCCAAAAGCCUCAAAGUGGACCCACGCGGUUGUUUUCGCCAGUUCUUCGCUAAGAUCAAGACCGCCGACCAGCAGUACCAGGAUGCCUUCAACGACGAGCUGGAGUCCUUCAAGGGCCGGGUGCGUGGCCGGGCCAAGAUCCGCAUUGAGAAGGCCAUGAAGGAAUACGAGGAGGAAGAGCGGCAGAAGCGCAUCGGCCCCGGGGGCCUGGAUCCAGUAGAGGUGUACGAGUCACUGCCGGAAGAAAUGCAGAAGUGCUUUGAUGACAAGAACAUUGAGAUGUUGCAAGAGGUUAUCAGCAAAAUGGACCCUACGGAGGCGAAGGUCCAUAUGAAGGCUUGUAUAGAGUCAGGCCUCUGGGUGCCCAACUCCAGGACAGACGACGCUGAGGACAAAGAGGAGGGCAAAGAGGAGGACGGAACGUACGAGGAGCUGAAGUCGGAGGUGGAAAAAGAGAAGGUGGAUGAGAAGAAGGAAUGACAGACCAACAACGCUUUUACGAAUUGACUGCUGUUUAUGCAAUUGUAUUGACCUACUGCACCGCUACUUCCAACUAUAUGUAUGACUAGUUUGUUGCCAGAGUAUUCGUACAGCUGUGUAACUUCUCAAAAGAUAUUAAGCUCUGAUUUUAAGGAUUAGUCUUAGCAUCCCAAAACACAUUGUUGUGUAUUACCUGCUUGGAAUCAGAAUGUCGCCAACUCUGUUUCUUAAACUUUUUUUUUUGUUUUGACACCAUUAAAUAUGUAUUCUGUUU